UGUUUUUUGUCGCAGAGAACUAACGCAAAGGCAGGCAAAACAUUAAGCGAAAUUGAACUUCUCAAAAUGCACCCCUCUAAUUAACCGCACCGUUUUCACUUGAACCAACCUUCACUGACAGCAGCCCAGCGUCGGAAAAUGUACACGGCCAUGGACUACUUUGCAGACCUCUACCAUUCAGCCCUCGAGGCCGAGGUCCACUGGAUUCAUCAUUUGCAGAAGAGUUUUCCCAACGGAGACCACUUCUUUCAGUCCAUCACGGAGACGGCCAACCCUUACUACGCCUUCUCCAUCUUCUUCCCCGUCUUUUCCGUUCUUAGUCCUCACCUGGCUGCCAAGAUCCUGAUGACAGCAACCUUGUCUGAGUGGAUAAACGCCCUUUUAAAAUGGUUGCUGAUGGGCCACCGUCCAUUCUGGUGGGUCCGAGAGAUCCUCGAAGAGAACCAACCACUGAGCACUCCGAAAUUGCGCCAGACGCCUUUGACCUGCGAAACAGGGCCUGGAAAUCCGUCCGGCCACGUCAUGUCUUACGCCUCCAUCUGCCUGCUGCUGGUUUUUGCAAUUAACGAAUUCACCGAGAGGAAAUUGUCGGAGUCACUUCACCAAAUGAUCAAAGUGGCCUUGUGGGCUUUCUAUGCCGUGUCCCUGGUGAUGGUCAGCUUGUCCCGAUUGUACGUCGCUGCUCAUUUUCCUCACCAGUGUCUCAUCGGAGCUAUAAUAGGAGUCUAUGUUGGAUACCAAGUGGAAAUUCUGUCUCCGUGGUGGCUCAAUGACUGUUCGAGACGCAAAAUGCUGAAAGGAGCUGUUCUGAUGAUAGUCCUGGCGUUUGCUGCCUAUUGGCUGCAGCGCCUUCUCGGGGUCAAUCCUCAGUGGUCGGUCAAACUGGCCUUCAAGUGGUGCAACUCUCCCGAUCAUGUUCACGUCGCGACAACGCCAAUUUUUGCCCUCACCCGUGACUGCGGCACGGCUCUCGGCCUUGCCCUCUCAAUUCCAGCCAUUCCUGCUCCACGAAAACCCUGCUCGAAGUCGGACUUGGUGACCUCGUUCGUCCUGCGCGUCUCGUCCGUGCUGGCCGUUCUGUGGGUCUGUCACGUCGCCAAACAGUCCAUCCCGACCAAGCACACAUACAUGUACUUCUUGUGCUUCUUGUUGCUCAACGCAUGCAUCCCAGUAAUGCUGCUAGUCACUGUUCCAUCCAUUUGCAGUGCUGUCAUGAAGACCCUUUUCGGAACGCCCAAAAACAAAAAGGAGUAAUUUUUUUUUUAACUCCCAAUUGAAAUUUCUCUCUUCCAAUUCCAUUAUUUGCCUUAACUCAUGACGCUCUGCAAUUCAUUUUGAUCUGCCUCUUUCUCUCUCUCUUCUAAUGUCGUCCCAUUCCAAAGUUACAUAAUUUGAACUUUUCAAAACAACUUCUCUCAUUUAUGAUUGAGCUAGCUAAAAUGCUGCUGCGCCCUCAUUCACCUUGUACCACUUUGUGCUUUGUAGAAAGAGACUAAAAGUGUGGCAAUGUUCAUCGUUCUUAUAAAUGCCUUGUAAAUCUAGUCAGGUAGUAAUUAGCACUGGCACUUGAGUUCUUCAUUAUUUGCUGUCGCUCACUCAUUACCUGCAAUGCCUUUUGAAAAUUCAUUCAAUCAAGUUGUGAUACCAAAGUAAACAAACGCCUUAAUUGCACUAAUUUUAUUUAAAAAUCACAGUGCUUGGAACACAAGUUCAAAGUAAAAUUCAAAUACAAUUUUGCUGUAUUGCGAGAAAAAUGCUUCUUGUACCUUGAUAUUAUCGUAACGUCUUUAUCGACUUGCCAUAUCAAAUACCGAGUCCUCCUUUAUCAAAUGGGUUUUAUUAAAUUUACUUUGUGCAUUUGAAAAUCCGUUCGGCAAAUGCUAGAAAAAUACAAUGUUAUUCGACAAUACAAAUAUGGAUUUACAAUUUUCCAAUUGCAGCUUAGCUUUUUAUCAGAUUGAUUCAAAAUGUGUUUAGCUUUCUGCUAAAUAUUGUUGAUGUGCUUUAUUAUGGUUGCAUUGAUGUGCACAAAUAAGCGUUGCCUAUAAGUGAUAAUAUACAAAAAACGGUAAUAACUACAAUUACAUAAACUGAAACUGCACCAAAUAUGUGGAAAACUGCUGUGAAUGUCCACUAUAAAUUUUAAAAAUGACAUUUUUUUUAGAUUUUGUAAGAUUCAAGUCAUUCAUAAAAAAAUUGUGCUAUUUAUCAAUAUAAAUUGUUAUUUUUAGCUUUCCAGUUCAAAAAUUUGUUAAAUACUCAUUAAAACCAUUUUCCUGUGCUGUGCACAAAUAUUUCCAAAUGAUUCUUGUUAAGUUUGAUGUUUGAAUGUCAUUAAAAAAUCUGAAUUGUAUGCUUUCAUAUUGACACGCAAUGUUAACUAUAAAAGCAUUGAUUGUAUAUGUGUGAAGU